AUGUCUCUUGAAGAAAUCGAUACUGAAGAUAGUGCUAGCUCAUUCAGUGAAGUGAGUUCACUGGAUGAUGAAUUUGAUACAAUGCACCUUGAUUUUGACAGAUCUGAAGAAGUUACUGAUUAUGACGAUGAUGAUGAUGAUGAUGAUAUGGAUUUACAUACUUGGAAUGAAAUAGAACCAGAAUCUGAUGCAGAAUUCUUGGAAGAUCAUGGACUUAUUGAAGAUGUAACUUCUAUUUCAGAAGAUAACACAAUCAAUCCUAUCGACUGCUAUCGGCAUUUCAUUACGGGCGAAAUUAUUGACCUUAUAGUUCGUGAAACUAAUCGAUACGCGCAGCAAUACUUGCAAAACCAUGACAUCAGUAGAAGAUCAAUAUUUAAACAAUGGAAACCAACCAAUAAUACAGAGAUGCUCAAGUUCUUUGGAAUACUCAUUGAAAUGGGAUUAGUACAAAUGCCGAAGCUGAAGUAUUAUUGGAGCUCUAGUCAAUUAUAUGGUUCACAGAUUAUUCGAAAUACUAUGUCAAGAGAGAGAUUUGAAUUACUCCUCAAAUCUUGGCAUUUUUCGAAUAACAAUAACAAGAAUUCGAACCAAGAUAGACUGUUCAAGUUGAAGCCACUCUUAGAUUUACUAAAAGAGAGAUUUUCAUUAGUAUAUAUGCCUGAUUCAAUUAUUAGUAUUGACGAAAGUAUGAUACCAUGGCGAGGCAGACUUUUAUUCAAACAAUACAUACCUGGAAAAGCGCACAAGUACGGCGUAAAGAUGUAUAAAUUAGCGACGACCAAUGGAUAUGUUUGUAGUUUUGUAAUUUAUACUGGUGAGCAAGAUUUGACGGCAGGUAUUGGGCAUGCUCAAAUAAUAGUAAUGAAACUAUUAGAUGGUCUUGAUGGAUGUUAUCGAACCGUAAUAGCUGACAAUUUCUUUGCAGUAAUCGUGUUGGAUCAGGAAGUAAAGUUCUUCAAGAAAAUGUUAGUCGUGGAGAAGCUUAUGGACUUCAGAAUAAAGAUGGAAUUAAAUUAAUCAGGUGGAAAGACAAAAAUGAUGUCUUGAUGGUAUCUACAAGACCUCACAUUCAGCAAGUGUAGUAGACAGUGGAAAAACAAAUUUUCAAAAUGAACGGAUCAUGAAGCCCCAAGUUGAAUUAGAUUACAAUGAAGGCAGACAAGGUACUGAUUUAUCUGGUCAACUAUCAACAUAUUACACAUGUCUCAGAAAAUCAAUAAAAUGGUACCGCAAAGUGGCAUUUGAAUUGGUUUUCGGGACGGCACUGGUAAACAGCUAUUUGAUAUAUAAGGAAAACUACACCGAAAACAAAGUGACCAUUCUGCAGUUUCGUGAAAGUCUUGUCCGGUCUUUACUGCUUGGUACGCCAACCGAGAAGCUAAAACCUGGUCCAAGACAACAAUCAGCAAGUCAUUCGAAGCGCAAACUCGCUGAUCACAAGCUCGAAGAAAGAGAAGCAUCUACGCGCAAUGUCGGCAGACGAUGCACUGGCUGCUAUGCGAAGGAACGAGCCCAACAGUCAAGAGAAGCCAGCCGUGCGGCAGCAAAGAAAGUAAAAACUUUCUGUUCUGACUGUAAUAAAUUUUUUUGUCUUGAGUGUUUUAAUGAUAAGCAUGAUGCUAUGGAGUAAAGAACUCAAAUAAAGUACUAAAGGCAGCACAGUUGACUCCUUAUAUUUAGCCUCCUACUUAAGAAGAAAGCAAAAGAAAAUGCUUUUCUAUAUAGUUUCUCGUUAAACUAUAGCGUAGCCCAUCGGUGGGCUACAUCGGGUCGAAUGUGUUAAAUAAAAUAUAUUUCAAUCAUAUUUUUUAUUAGUAUUAGUUUUUGUAUUUUCUGUACUCAUUUAGUGAUAUAU